GGGCGUGUUUGGUGUACAGUAUUGUGUUUCGUUUUGGGGUACGUCGUGUGCGUGUGUGUGUGUGUGCGUGGGCGCGUGUGUGCGUGUGUAUGUAUGUGUGAGAGCGGAAUGAGGCUGGAAUAACGGAGCGGCUGCUUGGACUUUUGAUGUGGAGGUUUUACAUUCCUGAUCACCAGCUUCACGACUGCAUGGAGGCUUUUCAGUGGGAUUCCCAUCUUCUAGACGUAUUGAAUAGUUUUAGGGAAUUUGGUGCCAAUCCUAGGAGUUGACUUUGGAUUCUUUCAAACGGAUUUUUGUGGCUGUUGUUGGAUUUUUUUAAUACCUUGCAUUAGGAGCGUUUGGUGAUCGGAUGCCCAACUUGUACUCAAGUUCAAAGCUGUCCUUUUUGGCAUCUUUCUGAGUUGAUGAGCUUUAUACGGCGUUUCGGUGACGUGAAACCGGGCCGCUUCAUCCAGCCAAGACGCACCGGCGACCCGUAAACCCAGUCGUUCACACGUCCAAAUCUCUGCAUCAUGUCUUUAAGCAGAAGCAUCGAAUGGGAGCACUUUGAGGAGAGGGAGAAGAUACCGCGUUCGGGUCGCGGAAGCGCAUCCAGUUCUCGCGGCGCGUCCCGGGGAAACGGGAACGGCUACGGCUCCGUGGCGAGUCCCGCGCACAGCGCGCACUGCAGCUUCUACCGGGCGCGCACGCUGCGCUCACUCGCCGCCGAGAAGAAGGCACGGAAAGUGCGCUUCUACCGCAACGGAGACCGCCACUUUGAGGGCUUGGCGUAUGCCGUGUCCGGUGACCGCUUCCGCUCUCUGGAUGCGCUUCUCGUGGAACUCACGCGAUCUCUGUCGGAUGGCGCGAGUUUACCGCAGGGAGUGCGCCUCAUUUAUACUAUAGAUGGCACGAGGAAGGUCAGCAGCCUGGAUGAGCUUGUCGAGGGUGAGAGCUAUGUCUGCGCCUCCAACGAACCCUUCCGCAAAGUGGAUUAUAAGAAGAACGUGAACCCCAACUGGUCUGUGAACGUCAGGGCCGGCACGUCACGCUCUCUCUCCUCUUUACCCAUACUAAAGAACGAGCUGAGGGAGCGAGAAAACAAGGACUUCAUCCGCCCCAAGUUGGUGACGGUGAUCCGGAGCGGGGUGAAGCCACGCAAGGCCGUGCGCAUCCUCCUGAACAAGAAGACGGCACACUCAUUCGAGCAAGUGCUCACGGACAUCAGCGAUGCCAUCAAGCUGGACUCAGGAGUGGUCAAGAGACUCUACACACUGGAGGGGAGGCAGGUCACGUGUCUGCAGGACUUUUUUGGCGAUCACGACGUGUUCAUUGCGUGCGGUCCGGAGAAGUACCGUUAUGCUCAGGAUGAUUUUGUGUUGGAUCACAGUGGUAAGGCUUGUGCAGCCUUUCUGAAUGAGUGCCGUGUGCUGAAAUCUUCCUGUUCUUCUCGCUCCACUACUCCAGUGAGGUCCAGUGGCAGUAAGAGUCCAGCACGACGCAGCAAAUCUCCCGGAUCGGUGAGGAAAACUUCUCCAUACUUGUCCACCAGCGGUCAGUCUCCAGUCAAAUCCCCAGUUAACGGAGUGGUUUCCAGCCUGAGUCAAAUUUCUACUCCCAAAUCCACCAAGUCCUGCAGCUCGUCCCCCACGAGUCCCCGCAGUAUGCACAACUUCAAGUUUAGUUGCAACAAGCGGAUUGGGGGCGCCUUCCAUCUUUCUGUGAAGAUUCCGACUCAUCACUCGUCUGCGUCUAAUGUGAGCGUCUCCUCCGAGCAGCAUCAGCCUCAACACACCGACAACACCAGCCCUGAGGUUAACGGAAACAGAAAUCCUACAGCCUCUGCCAUCGUGGAGAAAUACAAAGUAGGAAAAGUUAUCGGCGAUGGGAAUUUCGCGGUGGUAAAGGAGUGUGUUGAACGGUCAACUGGAAAGGAGUAUGCUUUAAAGAUUAUUGAUAAGAAUAAAUGUCGUGGCAAAGAGCAUCUGAUUGAGAGUGAGGUGGCUGUACUGAGGCGGGUCAAACACCCCAACAUCAUAAUGCUGAUGGAGGAAGUGGACACGCCGUCUGAGCUCUAUCUCGUCAUGGAGCUAGUCAAGGGCGGAGACCUUUUUGAUGCCAUCACGUCCUCAAUGAAGUACACAGAGAAAGACGCCAGCACCAUGGUGUACAACCUGGCCGCUGCUCUCAAAUACCUACACGGGAUGAACAUCGUCCAUCGAGACAUCAAACCCGAAAACCUGCUGGUGUGUGAGUAUCCGGACGGCACCAAAUCUCUGAAGCUGGGUGACUUUGGCUUGGCGACGGUGGUGGAAGGCCCACUGUACACUGUGUGUGGGACUCCGACUUAUGUUGCCCCGGAGAUUAUAGCAGAAUCGGGUUAUGGUAUAAAGGUGGACAUCUGGGCAGCAGGUGUGAUUACCUACAUCCUGCUAUGUGGCUUCCCACCAUUCAGGAGUGAGAAUAAUGUGCAGGAGGAACUGUUUGAUCAGAUCCUGCAGGGCCACGUGGACUUCCCCUCUCCAUACUGGGACAACAUCACCGACUCGGCCAAGGAGCUGAUUGGUCAGAUGCUUCGGGUGAACUCUGAGAUGAGGUACACGGCAGAAGAUAUUUUGUGUCACCCUUGGGUCACGGACAAGGCAGCUGUGGACAACAACAUGAAGAUGGAAGUGACGGGGAAGCUCAAGAAGCACUUUACCUCCGCACAGAAAGAGGGCAACACCACCGCUGGAGUGUCUGUUAUUAUGAACACAGCUCUAGAUAAAGAAAAGCUGCAGCUCUGCCGUCGCAGUCAGGGGAACAGCUCCGCCCUGCCCCAAGGGGAAGGAGGAUUGGGACACAGCCACUCUGAGAAGAAGUGCCCCUCUGGCUUAUCAGAGGACACCAAAAGCCCUGGAGCUCCCCCCCUUCAGGCUUUACCCUCCCCUUCGCCCUCGUCCGAUGUCCCUCCCAUCUCGUCAUCCCCGUCCUCUCCUCGGUGUAAUGAAGAACCCGGAGAAGAGCGAGCUUUCGAGAGGGAGGAAUAAACCUGCUUAGAACUGGGAGAGGAAGGAAGACUGACACAAAAAUAUAUACACGACAUGUGUUCCGCUGAUUGAAAUCCAUUCCAGCUUUUGGCUUUUUCUGGAGCUGUGUUGCUUCCUUGAACAAAAAAAGCAAAAAACAUUUUAAAAAGAUAUGCAUUUUAAAAGCCACAUAAUAUUUUUAAACUUAAUCAGUGAAUUCAUAGCAUUGAAAUAUAUUACUUCAUUUCUAUCUAUUCUUUUUUCCAGCAAUCAAAAAUUCAGGCUCCAUCCAGCAAGCCUUCUAGAAAUCCAGACUCAAUAAGCAAUAAUUACAGAUCGAUGCUAAUAAACUCAACAGGCUUUAAAUUGCAUUAUUAAGAAUCCAAUGCAAAUCUGUUCGUAUCAUCAUCCAGUCCUGGAGCUGCUCUAACAGUGCGGAUUUGUUAAGUCCUUUAACAAAAAAUGUUAUUCCAGUCACUAAUCCAUUCCCUCCAGCCCAGCAUGGAUGAAUCCUGAUCCCCGGGGCAGGAAGUGUGUUCAGCCUGGUGGAGGUGGUGGUACUGUGUGGGCAAUGCACACAUUAGGCUUCUUAAUAUAUAGAUUUAUCUCUUUAUCUCUUCCUAACAUUUCUCACAACCUAACACAUGCUAAAUGUGCCUGAUAUGAGUUUAGCGCCCCUGUUAUCCUCACGUUUCCCCUAUGGGUCAAUUAAAACGUCCAGAAUAUAAUUAUUACCCUGUUUUUUUUCUGUUAGGUGUUGCUACGUCAUGGUUUUCAGGUGAUUUGAGGUUUUUACGCGCUGUUCAGUUUCUGAUUGGUUGUCUGUUGCUAAGCAACCAGACGCAACGUUCUAACAGCGCAUCGUUUCACACUGUAUACGUUUAUCACCGCGAUGUGGAGUUAAUACUGUAAACACGGCUGUGCUGAUCCUGCAUCAGGGCAGAGUUUCAUAACCCCGGGGGAAAAGUUGUUCUUCAUAACCCUGCUUCUAAUAUUACACGUGUGAAACGUUCCUCUAUCCCGGGUUUAGAAUGAUGAUGAUAACCCGGGAUUAAGCUAGGUGUGAAAAGCCCUGAUGAACCCGGUAGCGCUCCAGGACGGACCCUGAAAACAGACCUUACUGUAAAAACAGCAAUGCUUCACUUACCGAAUAUUAUUUAUUACAUUAAUUAACAUUCAACUUAAACCAUAUAUGGUCUGUAAACUUUGUAAAGUAAUACAGCAAGUUAAAAAAGCUAAUCACAAGCAAAAAAUAUUGGCCCCCAAACCCUCUUACUGAUUCAUUUUGCUUGAUUAAAAUAUAUUGGCUAUUUGAAUUUCUUUUUAAUCAAUAAAUACCUUCUAAAGCUCACGUUAAUUAAUGCACUAAAUAAUGGAAAAAUACUUAUUAUUUAAGGGAACCUGAUCAAUAUCAGAUGUUACUACGAAAUACACUACAAUUUCUGCUGAAAAGAAAAAAACAAUUAAAAAAAAGGCUUCAUUAUGGGAUUUGUAUCUGUGGCCUCCAGCUGUGCUGUCGGUGCUGCACAUCUGUCUGCAGCAUGUCUCCAUUCCCCGGGGGAGUGCGAGAAGAUUUUGUAGUAUGGGUGUAUGUAUAUAUAUGUAUUAAAAACCGCCGUGUUGUGUUUGCGUGGUGAAAGACGAGCGUCUGCCUUUAGCGGGUAUUUGAGGGGUUUGUAUUUAUUUAUUGUGAAUCGAUGAGCAUGAGCGAGUGUGUUCAGUGUGAUUAUGACUAGUGUGUGUGUGUGUGUGUGUGUGUGAGACUACUAGAAGACUUGAAAUCGGGUUUCGUUUUUCUUGUAUGAGAAGAAAUGAGACGUUUGAUGUUUUUUGAAUAAAAGAUACGAAGGGCUGAUUGGUUAAUGAACAGGUUAAUUAGGAGGUUAAUUAGGAGGUUAGUGCCUCUCUGCUGUAAUAUGCUGUAAUUCUGCAUUAGUUCUGCUCGAAUACCUUCAUGUUGGAAGCAUGGUGGUGUUUUUUUAUUAUUAUGAACAGCACUUUGUUUUUGUUUUUUUUUCCUUUACAUAUUAACUUAAAGACGCCUCUUUAAGCUUCUCUUCUUUUCACUUUGCUUCUUUAGAUAAAAAAGGAAACACUGACGCAUGAUAUAUACCUGUAUCUGAAUAUAAACUCUCUCUUUCUCUCUCUCUCUCUCUUUCUCUCUCUCUCUGACAGAAACACACACAUACAUGUUCAGCAAUAACUCUUCUUCCUCUCAGUAUAAUAUUCAGUGUAUUAGUUCUGCUGUUGUUAGAAACCUCACACGCUGCAGCAACAAUCUGGUCCUCAGUACCGUUGAAUCUAGUGCCAAUGUACAAGCUGGUUUUAUUUCAUUUCAUUUUCAGGCUUAUUGUGUUGUGUUUUCGUUGAAAGUGGCUUUGCGUUAAGGAGUGGAGGUGAAAUAAAGGCGAAUAAAAUUCUU